UCCACAGCCCAAGUGUAAUUAAAUGAAUAUUGAAGUUUACUAUAUGAUUUACUAUAUGCAUAUGUUUAGAGAGAAACGGUGUUGAAUAAUGUUGAACACAUUUCGGGAGGGAUUUGCUUUUGGUAUCUACAUGCUCUACAUGUUACGGUCACUAUAUUAUAGGAUAAUGUACCCAGACAUCUAGGAUGGAGCCGUUUUGGCUCUAGACUCUGGUUUGGAAGCCCUCAGACCCAUGUGUCGAGCAGAAGUGCGGCGGAACGAGGAUUCGAGUGACGAGUCGUGCGAAGACUGGAAGGAAGCGAAGGAAGGCCAGGAAGGCUCUGCCUCCAAAGCUUCCUGUCCCUGCGCGAGAGAAUCUUCCGCCAUGGAUGAAGAGAUUUGGGACUUUCGCUUGGUUGAGCAGGGCACCUUUUUGGAAUUCCUCCCUGAACACGACUUGAGGAUGUCGAGGUGUGCCAGUGCCCCAGCACUGCUGUACCGCGGUGGUGACGGUGGCCGCGUGACCUCCGAAGAUGACCAUGCCGUCCCAAGCAAUUUAAAGGGGGUGGCGAUGGAUGCAAUGGUUUGCUUCGAGCGUUUGACCACCUGCAGCACCAUGGAUGAUGUGGGUGAUGCCGAUGCCGUCGACCUCCCCGCGGGCAUGUGGCAGCCGAAGGCAGAGUCCCCCAGCGCUUCGGAAUGUGAGGUUUAUUCAAUGAGACCUUCUCAGGGUUCUGCACUUCAUUCACAGGGUCUUUGCAAGCCGUGCGCAUGGUUCUGGCGGCCAGGGAGCUGUUACCGGGGAGUGGAUUGCCAGCAUUGCCACCUUUGUCCUCCGGGCGCUUUGAGGGAAAUGAAGCGCCACCAUCGAAGAAUGGCAAAGGCAUUUCGGCCCAAAGCCGCGGGUCCCGGGCCACCAGCAUAGAUCGAAUCCCAUCCGAUGAAUGCUCUAGCGUGCAAUGACAUUCAUAGCUGCUGAACGGCAGUCACAUUCAUCGCUUACGCAGCGAGUGAAGCUCAAAUGUGCACGGACACGGCAUCAAGCUGGUUUUUUUCUGUCUAGGGUAAUUUGGCCUGGUGCGGGAGUCUCGGGCCACGAACGACGUUUGUCGUCGCUUAUGUGUGAGAGGCCAACGCAUCAGUCAAAAUGAAACAUUCCUGCAUGCCAACUCAAAGGCAAGGCAGCUCUUCUUGACAGAUUUGGGCCUGCCAUCGACAGACAGGACAGGUCUUCAAUCUAAGAGUUCGACUUGACUGGAUUAUUCUGGCAAUCUUUAGCUCGUAGAAAGCCAGCUUGCCAGUUUGUAAAGUGUACAGUUCAGGGAUCCAGAUCUUGGACGGUUUUGAAAACGACAGUGCAAGAAAACUCAAGCGGCCUCAAG